UACAUCCAAUAGAGGUUUCGCUGUUUUGCUGAAUUCUGGCAUUCCCUCUUCAACCCCAACUGUCACUUUUAUCAUUUCAAAUGAGCACCAAUAAUACGUAAUAUUGCUAUCAAUUGGUCCUGAUCAGAUCCAUUUUAGCUUCUGAGGACCGACAUCAUACCCAGUUUUCGUUGUUGGCGCGGACUGAAGAGCGGUGUCAUCCAGCGAACCAGACACUUGGAGCCGGUCAGACUCUCUCACAAUACAUAGACGCACUUUUUAAUUCCACCUCAGCGUGGCUGCGAAGCCAAACAUGGCAUCCAGCCUGCUGAGCCAGCCAAUCUCGACAAAGAAGAAAAAAUCAUCGGCCGCCAAUCCCAGCAGCAAUCAUGACAUCCAAUCAGCCCUCGCCGCCUCCUUUCGCUCAGCCUCGCCGCUGGCACAGGAGAUGCUAGCGCGAGACCUGGCCGCUUGCCCGGACGAAGAAGAGGACGACGAUGCGCUUCAGGACUCCGAGGCUCUGGAGGAAGCCGACGAUGGCGAGGACGAUGAAGACGACGUCACGCCGGGCCCAACGCUGUAUCGUCGGCCGAGCGGCAUAGCGUUUGGCGCCACCCGGCCGGCGCUCGCCGGGCCGGGCGGGUUGCUUGACGAGAUACCCGUGCUCACGCGAUCCGAGCGGGUGCGGAGCCGGGACGCGGAGCGGUCUCUGCUCCGAGACAACCACAUCCUCCCGCCCAAGCACAAGCACCGCCCGCCGGAAAAGGGCCUUGCCGGCCGGGCCGCGGCGCUGUACAGGUGGCUGUUCAGCACCAAGGUGCGGCUGCCGAGCGGCGAUGAGGAGACUCCCGGGGCUGGUGCUCCACCCCCGAUCGUGGUCGUCCCGGACGAGACGGCGCCGCUGCUGGGGGAUGGGGUGCGCGAGCAUCUCAACGAGCAGUGGGAGGCUGCUGUGGCCGCGGGCCAGAUCCGCACGACGUGGCAGCGCGAAGCAAAGACCAUUGCCAUCUACUCGCGCUCGCUGAUUGUCACCUUUUUGCUCCAGUAUUCGCUCAAUGUGACCUCCAUCUUUGCCGUCGGCAAGCUGGGCACGCUCCAGCUCGGGGCCGUCACGCUGGCUACCAUGACAGCCAACAUAACCUUCUACGCCCCCGUCCAGGGGUUGGCGACUGCGCUAGAUACACUAUGUGCGCAGGCGUUUGGCUCCGGACACAAGCAUCUGGUAGGGCUACAGCUGCAGAGGAUGACAUACUUUUUAAUGUUGCUGCUGAUCCCCGUGGCCGUGGUAUGGCUCAAUGCUGAGCGGAUCCUGGUGGCUCUCAUGAUCGAAAGGGACAGCGCCGCGCUUGCGGCGACGUAUCUGCGCAUCAUCCUCCUGGGCGCGCCUGCGUAUGCCGCCUUUGAAGGGGGGAAGAGGUUUGUUCAAGCGCAGGGCCUAUUCCAUGCAACUACCUAUGUGCUGUUGGUGGCUGCGCCCGCCAACAUCUUGAUGAACUGGCUGUUUGUGUGGAAGUUUGGCUGGGGAUUCCAGGGGGCGCCGCUGGCGGUCGCAGUCACGCAAAAUAUGCUACCCUUGCUUCUGUUUCUUUACGUCUGGAAGGUGGAUGGCUCUCAGGCUUGGGGCGGUUUCAGGAAAGCCGCAUUGAGCAACUGGGGCCCUAUGAUCGCGCUCGCGUUGCCCGGCAUGAUCAUGGUGGUGGCAGAGUGGUUUGCCUUUGAGAUACUCACGCUGGCAUCGGGGAGACUAGGGGUCAUGACAUUGGCGGCGCAGAGCGUCCUGGUGACGGUCACGUCUACCACCUUCCAAAUCCCGUUCCCCAUGUCCAUCGCUGGCUCGACACGAGUGGCCAACCUCAUCGGGGCUAGGCUAGUCGAUGCCGCCAAAACAUCGGCCAAAGUGACCGUCGCGGGCGGUAUAAUCGUGGGUCUGUUUAAUGUGACGGUGCUGGCCGUCUUUCGGUAUCACAUACCACUGCUGUUCACCCACGAUAGGGAGGUCAUCGAUCUUGUAGCGCAGGUGCUCCCGGUCUGCGCUGUCAUGCAGCUUUUUGACGGCAUGGCGGCCGUGUCGCAUGGGCUGCUGCGCGGUAUCGGGCGACAGGAGUUUGGAGGGUAUGCCAACCUUGUCUGCUACUACCUAGUCGCAUUGCCCAUAUCGUUUGGCCUUGGAUUCGGUCUAGGAUGGGGGCUGACUGGCCUGUGGGUUGGCGUUACGGUCGGGCUGUCACUUGUGGGACUUGUCGAGUACUGGUUCAUGUGGCGAUUUGACUGGCACCAAGCAGCCGAAGAAGCCGAGCACAGGAAUGCUUCAGGAUAACCGGAUAGAUUGGACGGGGCCCUUCCGGUUUUCGACGGGAUGAAACACAGUUGCUUGGGUUGAGCAUGUCUGUUCGGAAAAAGUGCAUAUACGAUAUGGAUAUCGCGAGAAAGGUCGG